AUGGCGUCUGCAUUCUCGACAGCCCAGCUGAGCAAAUAUCUUGAGUAUCUCGCCCUUCCCGCUGAAUAUGAUCAAUUCAUCCAAAACCCGCAGUCUUUCCCCAAGACUGUAGAAGGUCUAACGACUCUUUUCCGGGGUCAAAUCACUCGUUUCCCAUACGACAAUUUGUCAGUACAUUACUCAAACAAUGAAGUCAUCGAAAUUCGUCCAGAAAGCAUCUAUGCCAAAUUCAUGGGAUCGGCAGAUUCACAGCCAUCGAAGCGGGGAGGCUACUGUCUCGAGUGCAGUAUCUUCUUCUACCACGCUCUGUUAGGCUUGGGAUUUUCGGUCUAUACAACAGGAGUGCGCAACCGGGCACGAAUUGAUGGUGUCCCUCAAGGUGAAUUCAAGGGAUGGACACACAUUGUGAAUAUCGUCCAACUUCCAACAGGGGAUAAAUAUCACGUCGAUGCCGCGUUCGGCGGAGAUGGACCAACGCGACCGCUGAGACUUGUCUCAGAACAACCUAUUCAUAACCUCGGAACACAAGAAGUGCAAUUAGUUUAUGGAAAUAUGCCCAAGCAAACACGCCCAGAGCAAAAGCUUUGGAUCUAUCAGUACCGCAAUGGGCCGACGAAGGAAUGGAAUUCCUUCUAUGCGUUUGGAGAGUUCGAGUUUUUCCAAGACGACUACGAAGUGAUGAAUCGGUAUACAAGCUGGGAUGCCCGACACAAAGGGAAUUUCUGGAUUGUCAGGUUCAUUCGAGGGGGAGAGACAGAUGGUCUUCCUCUGCUGGAUGGUGAGGGUGCUGUUGAUGAUGCAGAGGCGAUCCCUAUUGUUGGGAAAAUUAUGUAUGUCAACGGUGUGGUGAAACUGAAUAUGGGAGGGAGAACAAGGGUGAUUGAUUCGUUCCAGAGCGAUGAGGAGAAGUUUCGUGGUCUUCAGAGAUGGUUUGGGAUGAGCUUUGAAUAG